AUGGGAAAUGUAUGGGGCCGAGAUAAACCAUUAAAGGAGGUUCUGCGGGAGAACAAGCGCAUGAUAAAUAGGGCGGUCCGAGAGCUGGAUCGAGAGAAGGCUGGACUUGAAAGGGAAGAAAAACGUUUGACGAUUGAGAUCAAAAAGGCGGCGAAGGAAAACCAAAUGCAGUCUGUGAAAAUCAUGGCUAAGGAUCUGGUGAGGACGCGACAAUAUAUUACCAAAUUUAUUGAAAUGCGAUCGCAUUUGCAAGGAUGCGCUCUGAAACUUCAGACCGUCAAAUCUCACCAAGCAAUGGCAGAAGCUAUGCAAAAUACUGCAAAGGCUAUGGGGAAAAUGAACAAAGCCGUCAACGUCCCCACGAUCACGAAAAUGAUGGCAGAGUUUGAAAAGGAAAAUGCACGCACUGAUAUGAUGCAAGAAGUAAUGGGCGACGCUAUCGAUGAUGCGUUAGAAGGUGAAGGGACCGAGGAGGAAGAAGACAGGAUUGUCGGUCAAGUUUUGGAUGAAAUUGGCAUCACAUUCGGAGAAGAAUUGCCCGCGACGGCUGGAUUGACGGUACCGACGAAUGGUGUGGCUGAAGGCCCGACGAAGGUAGCUGCUGUUGCUGGAGGUGGA